UUUAUUUUAAGGGCGUGAGAGCCGAGGCAAAGAGCCAGCCUUCACCUCACAGUUCGGUGUGGGUUUUCCGAGGGAAGGCUCUGCGUCUGAGGGAACGCAGUGAAACCUGAGGGAACCUGCAGAGACUGACACCACACAGCCCCUCCGGUAUCCGAUUGUUUGGAACAGGGGAUGGAAGAGAAGAACAGGGUGUGGGACGGACAAGACACACACACACACCCCAAUCUGGAUUCUGACAUGCGGUUCUGCCGACACUGGAUUAAAUGAAGGCCGGCAAACGUUUCCCUUCUUCUGAUGAGGCCUCUCGGCUGUCUGCAGAGCUGCAGACAAGACGUACGGCUAGCAGUCGCCAUCCUCUGCCUGACGGCUGGCUGGGCUCUGCCGACCCUAGGAGGAGAAGCAUCGUUGCUGGUCUCACAACCCAACGUGAACACCACGGUGGCGCAGAACGUUUUGCUGUCCGUCGCGCACACCUUCGGGGGCUCCCCCGUCAUCAAGUGGACCCACACGUCUCCCAGGGGCACGUCCAAAAUUGCCGAGUGGAAACCGCGAAGCUACGCCAACAUAUCCAGCGGCUACGUAGACAGAGUGAAGAUUUAUGACAACGGUUCUCUUCAGCUGCUAAACGUCGAUAUCAGAGAUACUGGUUAUUACUUAGUCACGGUGAGGGAAGAGUUUGGGAUCACCAUCUAUGGCACCAUCCUGUUGAAUGUUUAUGAGAUUAUCUAUGAAGACCUGCAUUUCGUAGCCGUCAUUUUUGCCUUCCUCACAGGUGUGUCUGCCAUUCUAGUCUGCCUCAUGUGGCUGUGCAAUAAAUUAAUGCAGCUGUUUCAGAAGGAGAGGCACCGGAUCAAAGCAAGCGCAACUGAAGAGACCGAGCUGCAAAUGAUGGGGUGUUAAAUGUGGAACGGUUUAAACGUACGAGACAGUUUUCUACCUCAAAAAGAAACACUAGUAAGAGAGGAGACAGGCAUCCAGAAGACACAAGAUGUAUGUUUCUUCUGUUGUAAGACAUUUCCUGAACCAGAAAAGCAAAGAUUAAUUGGAAGCCGAUCCAGAGACGCUGUGAGAGAUACUGGGGUUUCACAGUAUCAUAAUUUACAAUGGACAGAACAUGUAAACAGGACAGAAUGCUUCUGUUGCUUCAACCUGUAUCAAGAACAAACACUUAAACUUUGCAUUGGCAAAUAUGACGACGUGAUUGAGGACUUCAUGUGCUAAAAUCUGCACCCACGAUAGUGGACAAUCUUAAACGUGCAUAGGUAGGAAAAAAUACAGCCUUUUAAAGAAGGUGCAACUGUUUAUUAAACUUAUUACAUUUUUAAAACAUAUUAAAGUAGUAGUGGGCAACUCACAUCAAAAACGGUUACCAAUGAUUGGGUGAUUAAUUUAAAGACUAAACCAACAUUAUAAGGAUGCUGAAGCCCAAGUCCUCUCAUUGACCUUUUGAUGUUAGAGGACAAGAUGAGCAUCCCAUUUACUUAUUUCUAUCCCUCCUCUUCUCUCUGACACUCAAGAAGGUGAUAUGGCUCAGUGGGGAUUUUAAUAUGGCUUUCUAACUUCUAAAUACAGUACUACAGACACUAUGCCACAAGCUUGCAUUGAUAUUUUACAUUUAAUUCCCUGUGCUUGUAUGUCUUUGGAAUGACAAUAGCAUUCCAAUAGAAUGGUUAAACUCAGUGG